AUGUUGGAUAUUCCAUUUUUCGACACAUUACUUGUUGUUUUGAAAGAGUUGGCUAAUUUCCUCAAAAUGGAUAGAAUUCCACUGUAUUUAAAGGCAUAUUCAAAAUCAGCUAACUUGGCUGAAACACUUGGCGCUUAUGUCUUAAAAGAAAAACGAGAACAUUCUCCACAAUUCCUUCUUCCAAAGUCAGAAGUUCAAGAAGAAUUUAUCAAAGCGUUAGAAGAACAAAAAAAAUCAAAAGUAAAAAAAGUACCUCAAAAACUUAAAAGUUUUGAUGAUACAGAUUUACAAAAAGUGGUGAGACUUAAAGAACGUCAAUCAAAAAAGAAAUCAAUAUCCAUGAUGGAUUUGAGAGAACUCAAAAAGGAACAAACAGAACCAAAACUUCAACGAUCCGCAUCAUUGUUUACUUUAGGAGGCAAAAAGAAUGUUUUGAAGAGAAUUAAGAGUUCUUUUGUAAAAAGUUUAGGCAAAGUGUUUCAUAAACCUCAGUCACGAGAAGUUGUGGAACAGCCUGUUCAACAACCCGAAGAAACAAAACCAGCAGAAAAACCAAAAGAAGGAGCAGAAAUGGUUGUUAGACCAAAAGAGAAAAAAGAAGACAAAAAGUCUAAAAGAAGGCAUUUUAAAAAAGAAUAA